CUGCACCAUGGACUUGCCUGUCCUUGCGUUCCACCCCCACUCUGUCCCUCGUUCUACGCGUUCAUAUAUGCGUCUAGCUUUAUAGUUAUAUAAUGCUUCGCUCUGCUGUGUGCCGGACGUUUCGGAAGGUCUCUGCUCGUGCGUACUCGAGCGCGUCGGGAGCGAAAUCGAGCUCGCGAGGGCUGAAGGUUUUGAGAAGGACGGGAUACGUGGCUGCUGCCCUUGGAGGCGUAGCGCUAUGGGAUAAUACCCAGAACGCGUCGGCGCUCACGAGAACCUGCAGGACUCUGUGGACAUGUAGCAUGAUUGCCUUCGACUACAAGUGGAACUUCAAUCCUGAGCACGGAAGCGAGAUACCCCAGAUCCACCAGCGCACAGCUGAACGAUUAUAUAACCUGAUCACAGCUAAUGGCGGCCUAUACAUUAAAAUCGGCCAAGCGAUAGGCGCGAACGCGGCUGUCCUCCCUCCUGCGAUGCAGGAGAUGUUCACUAGACUCUUCGACGAUGCCCCGCAAAUACCCUUUUCCGCCGUCCAGUCCGUCAUUGAGUCACAGUUCCGCCACCCACUAUCUGGUCCAGACGGCAUCUUUGCAGAGUUUGAAGAGCAGGCUAUUGCCAGCGCGAGUGUUGCGCAGGUCCACCGUGCGCGACUAAAGAGCGGGGAGCUGGUCGCCGUGAAGGUGCAGAAACCGCACGUCCGUAGACAGUCGGAGUGGGAUCUGGGUGCGUAUGCGGUGGUUAUUUGGCUGUACGAGAAGACGUUCGAUCUGCCCGUCUACUUCACCGUUGACUUCAUAUGUGACCAUCUCCGCGAGGAGCUCGACUUCGAGCGCGAGGCGACGAAUGCCAUCCGUACAGCAGGGUUCAUCGCAUCAGAGCCGCGACUGCGAGACCGCGUCUAUGUCCCGAAAGUCUACCCCGAAUACUCGAACAAGAUGGUCAUGACCGCCGAAUGGAUCGAGGGUGUCCGCCUGAGCGACAAGCCCGCCGUGCGGCGGCUGAUGGGCGAAGCCCUGCCGUCAGACCUGGAGAAACUCGCGCAGCGCACGUACCGCCCCUCGUCCAUCGACCCCGAUCUACGGCUCGACGGCGGCGUGAAGGCGAUCAUGCAGGCGAUGGUCGAGCUGUUCAGCGCGCAGAUCUUCCGGUGGGGCUGGCUGCACUGCGACCCGCAUCCGGGGAACUUUAUCGUGCGGCCGGACCCCGCGCACCCGCGGCGCGCGCAGCUCGUGCUGCUCGACCACGGGCUGUACGUGCGCCUCGCGCCCGAGUUCCAGCGGCAGUACGCGGCGCUGUGGAAGAGCCUGCUCACGCAGGACCUGGAGGCGGUGAAGGAGAUCGCGCGGGGGUGGGGGAUCGGCAGCCCGGAUUUGUUCGCGAGCGCGACGCUCAUGCGCCCCACCGGGUUUGACCCGCAGAAGUUGAAGGAGAUGGAGGAGAUGAGCGAGUAUGAGCGCAGUCAGAUUAUGACGCAGAAGCUGAGGGAGUUUUUGGAGGAUACGGAUAAGAUGCCGAAGGAGCUUAUAUUUAUCGGGAGGAAUAUAAGGCUUGUACAGGGUAAUAACCAGUCCUUCGGUUCGCCAGUCAACAGACUCAAGAUAAUUGCGUCGUGGGCCUCGGACUCGCUCACGAAGGCGCCAAACCUGACCCCGACGCAGCGGAUCAAGGAGCACGUCCUCAACGGGCUGUUCAAGCUCGCGAUGCUCUCGCUCGAUGUCGCCUUUUGGAUACGGCGCAUCCAGCAGCUCGUCAGCGGUGUCUUAGGUAUCAAGAGCUUUGGCUUCGAAGAUGAUUUGGAGAGGUUUAUGCGGGCGUUUGCGAAGAGCAAUUUGGGGAUGGAUAUGGCUGCCGCUUCUUUUCAGGGAUAGAUUACGGUAACGUUCUAGAUUACGCGUACUACUUUGAACAGCAUUAAUAUUGUCAGGGUAAAAGGAGUAAUAUGUUGAUGAUGACGCUACUGUUCCAGACGGCAGUCUAGACUUCAGACAUCUCAUCUGCACCGGGCGUACGGCGUAUCCUCAAUAGUAAAUGCAUGAACUCUC